GCCUUUAGAGAUUUUAGGCGCACGGAUUCGGGCAAGUUCGCGCAGCAUCGGGCGAACUCGUGUUUUUCGAGGUCUAGUCGGAUGGGCAUGUUUCUUCGGACGGUGUUGGACAUAUUGUUGCCCGUGAGAACAACUUACACCAUGGAGGACGAUUGGGACGUGGUCAACUUCGAUGCCAAGAUGGACCUCGCGAUGGGGUCAAACAAAUGGGAAGGCGAGGACGAAGAAGAGGAAGUCAAGGAUAGCUGGGAAGAUGUUGAGGAAGAAAAAAAGGAUGUUGAGAAGCAGCAGCCAGCAGAAGUACCGAAGGCUAAGCCAAAACCUAAGAAAGCAUUAGCAGAAAGGAUCGAAGAACGAGAGAAAAAAGCACGAGAAGAAGCAGAGCGAAAAGCCAAGGAGAAGGAGGAAACCCUGACUCCUGAUCAGAGGAGAGCCGAAUUACUCAGACGUCAGAGGCUACAGGAGGAAGCGGAUCUGCGACUGGCUAUGGAAACCUUUGGUGUUUCGGAAAUAUCGACGACGAGUCUGGAUACCAUGAUACCAGAUACCAAAGAGGAGUUCGACCAGCUCGGGGAGGCGCUCCGGCUGAAGAUCAACCAGAUCAACAAACACGCCGAGUUCCCGCAGUUCGCCGAGGAUCUUAUCAAAAACGUCGCAGUCAAUUUGUCGUCGAUGAAUUUGAAGAAGGUAAAGACGCUGAUGGAGAACCUGUUCAUCGAGAAGCAGAAGAUAGAGAAGGGCGAGAAGGCGAGGAAGAGCAAGGGGAAGGGCAAGGCCAAGCUGAAGCUCGAGGGGGACAACAGCCACCUCAACGAGUACGAAGACUACGCUUACGACGAUUACGACGAGUUCAUGUAGCGACCUUUCACAUACUUACGUAUUCUAGUCGCCGACGAAACACUCCUAUGGCUAAAUAUUAUUUCGCAACCUUGUCUCGUUAACAUCUUGCGUGUCAGUCCUUGCGAGGGAUCUACCGGGGAGGUGCGCGUGUCCUAAAACGACGAGCGGAGGACGCGUUAGGAAGGCGAGGGCUAAUCGAAACGUGAUAAGAGCGCGACUCGCUUACGAGAUACGAGCACAAUCAUCAGUCAAUGAAUUCUAGCCGUGCUUGGAUUCACAUAAACGAGCCUCGAUGAUUUUCAACCGCUGGGAGGUCUUGAACGAGGUGUCGGACUGGUCCAGAGACCCGACUCUCGAGUUCCUCCGGAUUCCUUUAGCGUAAAAAAUUUUACAUUGCUGCGAAGUCGCGUCAUUGGUCAACGUUUGAAAGUCCUGUACGAAAUAAUUAACUUCGCCUGCGAAUGUUGGUCUUGCGAACUCGAGAAUCGGGUCCCGGCUAGGUCGGGGCCGAACUUGCCAAUUUGGGUCUCAUCGAGAGCUCGCUAUCAGUACUCUACAAACCGGUGUGCUUAUUAAUUUACGUCAAACUAGUACUAAUCGAAUACGUGGUGCGUCCGAAGAUACGCGAGAUGGGGGAAGAACUCGUUGACGAUUCCUCAAGGUUCUGCCAAUAUUCUUCGUUGGUCGACCUAGCGCACACGAGAGAGAGAUCGAGGUGGAACGAAGCGACAGUUCUACGUCGGAGGUGUUUCGCAUAUCGAGUUUGUAACGAGUCUAGGGUGGAGGCAAGAGAGUAGCUAAUGGAAUAUAGAACGACGUCCCGGGAAACUACCGAGAAGUUCGCGCCGGUUUGCGUUGCACCCCACAUAUAACGCAUAAGCUUUAGGUCUAAUGCCAAGGCUAGGUAGCUCUCUCGUUGUCUUUGGGUCUGCGGCGUAUUUAUACACAUACACCCACACAGGGAUUCGAACACUUAACAAAUGAUAUGCGGUUGAGCGAGGGCGAGCGCGACAACGAGUUUUUAAUGUCGACUACGGACUCUGUUAGAAUAGUCUAGAGAAUUCGGGAGCGUUGUUGGCCUCGUGUUUAGCUAAGCGUAAUGGACGACUAGGAAUGGGACACUCUCUUUGACCGUUGAAGAGGUUUAAUUUUGCCGUCGAAGGCUCUUUUUAAUCGGGGCGUUCUAGAGACUCCGUCGUUAGAUAUCUAACCGUCCAUUUGGUAGCUCGAGUGGUUGCUUAGAAAUCGACGGAGAUGCGACAUGUAUAUCGGACACCGAUGUCGCGUUGGUCGACAAAACCGCGUCACUUCGUUCCUAGAUUAAUUAACAAUUGUUCGGGCGCAAUGUUGACGACCCGCGGGCAGGAGUAAAUCUAUCCCAGCUUACGACAAAGACAAAGGGCAACGAUGCGUCGUGAUUUAUCAGGAAUUAGAGGGCACUUGUUAACCGUUCCCUUCUGCCUCGUCUAGGUCAAAGGACGACGACGGACGGAACCGUAGCAGCGAUUCAUAAGCGCGAAGAUUAUAUACUUAAGAGAAAGAGAGGAGGGUCGGCGAGAGGUCUAGGAUGUAGAAGAGAGUUUCUAUUGCCGAUAGCGACGUUCGCCAGGAUGCGUAGGCGUAUACGCAAUUUACCUGGCCGGGUUACAUCGAUUUCGUCGAGCACUAAUGUACCCCUAGGAUCGAUCGAGACUUUCGUCGCGAGUUUGUUAGAGAAUACCUGGGCUGCCGAUAGACGUCAAAUCGUUGAAUGUCGGUGCUAAUUGUCCAACCCGUCGUUUAAAGUACGCGGUCGAUCGAAGGAACACAUGUAAUAUUAACACGUUGGCUUCAACGCCGAUUAUAUACUUUGGAUUAAAUACUAAUUAUCGAGUCGCCCGAAACCCGAAGGGCCGAGGGCCUCUACAGUUGAUGGUUGGUAAUCAUAUUACGGAGUUUCUUUCUUUCUUUUUUUUUUUUAUCAUCAUUGUUGCUUUUUCAUAAAUAUAUAUAUAGUAUGUAUACGCAUGCAUAUAGAUAAUUUUACGUAAUAUACGACAUAUGGAUACGGCAAGGACCGGCUUUGAGUUGGAUUUGAAGAAAGUAUAUUCCUAAAUAAAAAUUCAUUACGAAGAA